AUGCGAAACAUCUCGAUCAAGGACAUCAAUAAUCUAGUUGAGGCAGAUAUAUCGGCCCGGUCCUUUAGACGAUGGUCAGAUUUAUUUAUUACUACCUCCAGUGUCGUUUGUGAUCCAGCCCUUUAUGAACAGCAAGGUGCACCACUCCUCAUUACUUCCAAAGAGCGAGAAUUCAUACUAGACAUCCUUCGAGGCGACCCAACACUGUAUCUUGAUGAAAUCCAACAAGCCCUGGAAGAGCACUCAGGAUUCCCUGUCAGCCGAGCAACCAUCCAUCGUGACCUCCAUCUCAGACUCAAUCUCACCCACAAGGUUGCUCGCACUGUGCACCCGGGUCAGUGUCCCCUCAAGCGAGCCGCAUACUUCUGCAAAAUUGCCAACUUUCCGUCUGAGUUCCUUGUUUUUACCGAUGAGUCAGCAAUUUGCAGAGAUGCAUUGAUGCGCUGUGAGAACUCCUUUGGGAAUGGUGGCAGUCCUGUGAGGGGUAAAUAA